GAUCAUUGGUCCCCCGAGCCCACCCAAAGCGAACUGACAAAAUGGCACCGAGAGAAGCAACCUUGCCCCUAUCUUCUUCCUAUCCCUAAUCUUCCAUUCUCCUCUUCAUCAGUCUCUCCUCGACUACUCCCGCAGCCAUGUCGCCACCGGGUCCCGUCAUCGAAGCCGUUGAGCCUGAGACCACCGAGCAGGUCGUCGCCGUCGAAGAGAAGAAGAAGCUCGCUCCUUCUCAGAGCGAUGAGCCCAUCGUGGAGGACGUAAAGGAAGAAGACGAUAAGGACGACGACGACGAUGAGGAUGAUGACGACGAUGACGAUGACAAGGAGGACGACUCCCCUGGUGCUAAUGGCAGCUCGAAGCAAAGCAGAAGUGAGAAGAAGAGCCGUAAGGCGAUGCUGAAGCUCGGCAUGAAGCCUGUCACUGGUGUUAGCAGGGUCACCAUUAAGAGAACCAAGAACAUACUAUUUUUCAUCUCGAAGCCAGAUGUGUUCAAGAGCCCGAACUCCGACACCUAUGUCAUAUUCGGUGAGGCCAAGAUUGAAGACUUGAGCUCCCAGCUGCAGACCCAGGCAGCCCAGCAGUUCAGGAUGCCCGACAUGUCCUCCAUGCUACCGAAAUCCGACCCUGCUGCAAUCGCUGCUGCGGCGACGCAGGCGGACGAGGAAGAGGAAGAGAUCGACGAGACCGGAAUCGAGCCUCGGGAUAUCGAUCUGGUCAUGACACAAGCGGGAGUUUCGAGGGCCAAGGCUUGCAAGGCCCUCAAGACCCACAGCGGUGACAUUGUCAGCGCCAUCAUGGAACUCACCACUUAAAGAGAGACUCUGAACUAUCCAGCAAGCGACUCUGGUUUUUUUUUUUUUUUGGGAUCUAGUUUAGAAUUGCUCCUCUUGUGACAAGAGUUAUCUAUUUGUUUCUUCAUUUGCGAAGAACUUGGAAUCUUUCCGUGAAGUUUUUUUGGGUAGAGACUGGUACCGAGUUAUAGACGGCAUUAUGUGUCCCAUCUUUAAUAUCAUCUCUUUGUCAAAUUGCAUUGGAUCAGCCAAUGUUUGAGAAUUGAGUGGGAUGUCUUGGUAAUUGAAACAGUAUCGAUUAUCAUAUGAUUGACGGCGGGGCGGGCAUGGGUACCUCUCGUCAAUUCAAUCUGCUCUAAAAUUGAAACAAUAUCGAUUAUCAUAUGAUUGACGGCUUAUGUUAAU